GUUUUCUAAGUCUGAACCUCAUUGGACUCUAUAAAAAGCUCGGCUGGGCCUGAAGUUUCUCUGCUUUGGUUUCAACACUUCAACCCCUUUGUUCCUGUCAACUUGUUCUAGUUUUGUGGGUUUCUCCACGAGAGUAACCAUGUCUACUCCAAAGAAUGCAGCAUACGGUUAUGGUGAAGAAGAUGCUGAGCUAAGAAGAGGGCCAUGGACUGUUGAAGAAGAUACUCUUCUGAUUCACUACAUUGCUUGUCAUGGUGAAGGCCGCUGGAAUCUGUUAGCUAAAUCUUCAGGGUUGAAAAGAACUGGCAAGAGUUGCAGAUUGAGAUGGUUGAAUUAUUUGAAACCAGACGUCAAACGUGGAAACCUCACUCCUGAAGAACAGCUCUUGAUUCUUGAACUCCAUUCAAAAUGGGGCAACAGGUGGUCUAAGAUUGCACAACAUCUACCAGGAAGAACAGAUAAUGAGAUCAAGAAUUACUGGAGAACAAGGGUGCAGAAACAAGCAAGGCAUCUCAAGAUUGAUGCUAACAGCAUGAUGUUUCGGGAUGCUAUCAGAUGUUUUUGGAUGCCCAGAUUGCUUCAGAAGAUGGAAGAAUCUUCUUCAGCCAUGAAGACUCAAAAUUCGUCAACUCCUCCUUCUACACCACUCAAUCAGACCUCUCAGGCAUCAGCUCUCCCACCACCGCCACCACCACCACCACCUCUAGAGGGGUCUCUCAGAAUCAGCAAAGCAAUUAACAGUUUCGAUCAUGAGAAGAAUUCAAACCCAGGGAAUUAUUGUACCAGCCCAAGCAUAUUUUCUUCGGAUUCCAUGAUGAGCAUCUCCAAAUUCCCUGAAAUUUCAGAUUACCCAGCAACAAGCCUUCAUAAUUUUGAUAACAGCGACUAUAAUCCAUUUCUAAGGAGCUCUUUCUAUGUUGACAACUGUGGUAGUUAUGACAUGGAUGACUUCAACAUGUCUGCUAUGUCAGUAAUGGGAGGAUACGAGACUUCUGAUUGCCACAUGGCAGAAAGUAAUUGGGCCUAUGAUGACAUGGCAGAAAGCAUAUGGAACAUCGACGAGUUGUGGCAGUUCAGAAAGUUACAAGAUAGGAACAUCUAGUGUUUGUCAUUAUCUGAUAAUCCAUUGUUGAUUAAGUUUGUAGCAUGUAUAUCCUUGUGUAGUGAGAUCAAGUCUUGUGGUGGGAAAGGAAUUUUUCUAGUUCUGCACCAAAGCUGAUUAAAGUUGCGAAAUUUUCAAUAUAUGGAUAUUUUUAUGUUGGUUUA